AUGUUGAAACCUCCCAAUUCUUUGUUCUUCCCCAUCUCUCGAUUCUUCCACCUCUCUUCUUCCCCAUCUCUCGAUUAUUCCAUCACCGCUGGAGAAUCGCCAUUUAUAGAAUCUCCGAACUCGCCAUUAAGAUCGAGGAUGAUACUCGAGCUGAGGGAGAAGGAAAGGAUUCUGCUUCUGUCUUCCACCUCCCAGAGUUCCCGUUCCACCGCCGGCGCUCCCUUGGGCCAAUCAAUCGAAAGGCAUCAACAUCCUCCCGUCGCUGUAAAUCUGGGUUUCGGAAGAUGGAUCUCGAAAGCGUAA